GCACCCGCGGUGAGCACUGCGCACGCAUCCUUGCGCCAGCGGCUCCCUGGGGACCGCCCGAGUGCACCCGAAACUGGGAAAGGUUCCUCAAGAUGUCUGCUUCAGUCCCUCAAGGCCAUAACUGGACCCGGCAGCUGAAGAAGGAUGAAGAGGAAGAAGACCCACUGGACCAGCUGAUCACCCGCUCUGGCUGUGCUGCCUCCCACUUUGCAGUGCAGGAGUGCAUGGCCCAGCACCAGGACUGGCGGCAGUGCCAGCCACAGGUGCAGGCAUUCAGGGAUUGCAUGAGUGCACAGCAGGCAAGACGGCGGGAGGAACUGCAGAGGAGGAAAGAGCAAUCGAGUGCUCAACACUGAGACCCUAAACCUUCAUCCCCACAGGCUGGCCCUGAAGAAAUAAGCACCCAGGGAAACCCUGGGGAGAACAAAGCCUAAGUAGUAGAAGUGUGCAACACGAGGUAUAAUUUUGGGGACAGUCUCUGGGACUGGGGUUGAAAGCCAGACACCAUGCAUUUGCACAUGACGGUCAUCAUGAGCUGCUCUAUGGACAGAUCACACAUAUCUUCACCUUCCUGUUCCAGCAAUAUUUGUAUUUAAAACAAAGAGUGGGAUAUAGGCCUCUCCCUCCGCCCUACCUCUUGAGUCAGUGUGCCAAGUACUUUAUAAGUAAAUUCACAACCUAGAGGUGAAUCAGUUGCCCAAUCAGGCCUUCAUUUUUCAGUCACAAAUUUAACAACAGAAAGUGUUUCUAAGGCAUUGUGUUAAUAGUGUACAACUUGAAGAGUAAUGUGACCUUCCUGUUGCUUAGCGACUGGUAUGAGAGGCAGAAAUAAAGCCACACUCAAA